UCUGCUGUCUGCGCUCAGAGCUGUGCCCUGAGAGGUGGUCCUCCUGUCCUCUUCAUUCUUUCUCACUGACUGGGACUCAGCUGUAUGCCACUUUCAGAGUGAAACAUGAGUGGACAUCAAAGAACAAGAUCCAGAUCUAGAGAAAGAAGAGAUGAUCAAGACUCUAAUCAUCCAAUAGGGGCUGUGGUUGCCCAGGAGCCACCCAGUGAUGACCAACUUCAACAACAGGAACCACCAAUUGAAAGUCAGGAUUAUACACCUGGUCAAGAGAGAGACGAGGGAGCACUGGAGUUCCAAGACCUGGCAGCCUAUCUCUGGGAACUGACUCGGUCAAAGACUGGGGGUGAACGUGGAGAUGGUCCUAAUGUCAAGGGAGAAUUUCUGCCAAAUCUCGAGCCUGUUAAAAUACCAGAAGCAGGUGAAGGGCCACCAUCGGUUUAAAUGAAGACAAGCUGAAACCAUACAUGCAGUCUUUACGUUGGAAACUUGACCAUUGAAAUUCUCUCAAUAAAGUUUCACAAUUGUCUGCAAAGAA